UGUUAUUUUCUGUUAUUUUUUUUUUUGUUUAAAUAUGAAUUUGAAUUAAAGUAAUAUACGUGUAUAUUAAAUAAAUAUAAAUAUACAUGUGUUUCCUAUUUAAAAGUUAUUUGAAUGUUAUUCAAAUUAUUGUUAUUUUUUUUAUUUUUUUUUUAAGAAACUGAAUAUUUUUAGUUAUGCUCAUAAAUAUCAUCAUGAAAUAAGGAAGCAGUUUUAAUUUGAAAAUUGUUAAUUAAAACUGUAAUGCAAUUUUUAAUUAAAACUGCCGGCUCAUCUCUUCUUCUCCUCUCUCCAUAGAUUUGCUCUCAGGUCUCAAUUCCAUCUCACUGUAAUGCAAUUUUUAAUAAUCUCACUUUCAUAUUUAUAAUGUUUAGAUUUAAUUAACUAACACUAAAACUCUCUUUCUUUAUCAUCGUCUUCUCCUCUUCUUUCUCAAUCAAGGUCAAUCCUGAAGCCUCCACUCCAAUUUACUCGCUCCGUGGCCUCGACAACUUCAAGUUCUUCUCAUUGUCUUUCUACUGGUACUGGGAAGAAGAAGGAAAGCCAAUUACAUCACCAAGUCACAGGGUGUCAAACAUUUUCAAGUCAAUUUACCUCUUUUCAGAAUGAUAUUUGACGUCUCAAACCUACAUUUCCUUGAUUGACAUAAUGACAGAUGAUCAAAACACACGAGCUUCUAAAAGAAUCUCAUAUAGAGAACUGCCAGAAGAUAAGAAGGAAGAAAUACGUAGGAAACAACGAGAGAGAUAUGCUAAACAAAAAGCAUUGAAAAACUACCAAAUUGAUACGACUAAUUCAAGUUAUUUGAAUCGUAACAAUUUACCUUUAUGUACUGAUGAUCAUGUGGCAUCUACAAGUACACAACAUUCGUAUUAUCAUGCUGAUAAUAUUAACAAUGAUCGACAACAUGGAGAUGAUCAAAACAACCGAGCUUCUAAAAGAAUCUCAUAUAGAGAAUUGCCAGAAGAGGAGAAGGAAGAAAUACGUAGAAAACAACAAGAGAGAUAUGCUAAACAAAAAGUAUUGAAAAACUAUCAGAUUGAUACGACCAAUUCGAGUUAUUUGAAUCGUAACAAUUUACCCCCAUGUACUGAUGAUCAUGCGGCAUCUACAAGUACGCAACAUUCGUGUUAUCAUGCUGAUAAUAUUAACAAUGUUCGACAAGAUAGACAUGGUGACAGAGUAUCAAAGAGACAAUGCAAUCAUCAUACCAACUUAAGCUCUACUGACAAGAGAUCUUCUUAUCAAGUUCUGGAUUCUUCAAAUGGAUGCAGUGGUAAAAAUAGUCUCUACCAAAAUUCAUCUUCCAAAAAUAAUGGGAGAUUUGAUCAGAUACAUUCAGUUGAACUCGAGAACUCAAUUAGCCACACAAUUAUGUCAACAACUUCUAGAAGUCAAUCGCAAAAUAGGGUCACUCGAUUUCGAGAUUUGCUACAAAAUGUGCCAUCUGAAGCAUUUUCACUUCCGUCGGUCCCCAUAUGCAUACACUGUAAAGCAGAGAGAUUUAUCCAUGAAACAAAUGGAUUCUGUUGUGCAGAUGGAAAGAUCUAUCUGGCCACAAAUGAAGUUCCAAAUGAACUUUUCGCAUUAUUAACCUCCACCACAAGUGAUUCUGCACAUUUCCGGACAUAUAUUCGAACUUAUAACAACCAAUUUGCAUUCACAUCUUUGGGUGUUAAAUAUGAUCACAAUCUCUGCCAAAGAAACAAUGAAAUAUACACUUUUAGAGCACAGGGACAAAUCUACCACAACAUCACAGAUUUACUUCCUUCUGAUGGUCGUCCUUCUAAUCUCCAAUUAUAUUUCUAUGACACGGAACAUGAGUUAGAUAAUCGACUAUUAGAUUCACAAUACAGAAUGCUCCCAACAGUCACAAGUCAACUCAUCCAUAUUCUUCGCAUCAAUCUGUACUCUAUUUUCUUUCGUUCACUUGGUGAUAUGCCAGACUUGGAAAGACAAAUAAUACAUGUUAGGAGUGACGCUGGCCUAGAUCAACGUGUAUUCAAUGCCCCUACUUCCUCACAAGUAGCGGCAAUAUGGGUUGAAAAUAACAACGAGAACCAAAUUGGAAGGCGUGAUAUCUUUGUAUAUAACCAUUCCGGUAGACAAUUUAAAGUUCAAUAUUACUACGGGUGUUACGACUCACUGCAAUAUCCAUUGUUAUUUCCGUACGGUGAUAAUGGUUGGCAUAAAGGGAUUGAAAAGGUUGGAGAAACCCAAUCAAGAUCCGUCGAACAAACUCAAACAACAAACCCUCGACGAUCAUCAAAUGUAGAAGAAUUAUUAGCAGCAGAAGAAGCAGUAUCAAUCCAAGAAACGAAAGAACCAAAGGUUUCGUGCCGUGAAUAUUACUGCUUCAAGUUCCAAAUACGGGAAGAUGAAAGAUCGAUUUUGCUACUCUCUGGUCGGCUACUACAACAAUAUGCAGUAGACAUGUAUGUCAAGAUGGAGACUUCAAGAUUGGAUUAUUACAGAGGCCAGCAAAUGCACAUACGAACAGAAUUAUAUCAAGGUAUAGUUGACACAAUUACGCUGGGAGAACGAGACGCUUCUAAUGUUGUGAAGCGAAUCAUACUCCCUUCAUCUUUCAUAGGAGGACCAAGAGACAUGAGGAAGAGAUACAUGGAGGCAAUGGCGUUGGUACAAUGCUAUGGUAAACCUGAUAUUUUUCUAACGAUGACAUGCAAUCCAAACUGGAAGGAAAUCACAAAUGAAUUAUGUCAACACGAGGAGAGCCACAAUAGACCUGAUCUGGUUGCACGAGUUUUCCAUGCAAAACUAGAGGAAUUAAAGGACAGGUUAUUCAAGAAAGAGAUAUUCGGCAAGGUCGCAGCAUAUGUUUACGUUAUUGAGCACCAAAAAAGAGGUCUUCCACAUGCACACUUUUUAAUUAUAUUGAAAAGGGAUUGGAAAGUCCAUGCUCCUGAAUCCUUCGAUGAGAUCGUGUCAGCAGAGAUUCCAGAUAAAAACUCUAACAUCCACUUGCACAAGGCGGUUGUAAAACACAUGAUGCAUGGACCUUGUGGGGAUUUGAACAAAACAAAUGUUUGCAUGAAGGGGGAGAAUCCACGUUGCAAAAAUAAUUUUCCAAAAAAAUAUGCUCCAUUUACGUCUGUCGGAAAUGACUGUUUCCCUAUUUAUAGGCGUUCAAAUAAUGGUGUGACCGUAAAGGUCAGAGGGGCAACAUUAGACAAUCGUUGGGUUGUUCCCUUCAACCCAUAUCUCCUUGCCACAUUUGACUGCCACAUUAAUGUAGAAAUUUGCUCUACAGUGAAGGCAGUAAAGUAUCUCUAUAAAUACAUUUACAAAGGCCAUGAUCGUGUUGCAUUCAACUUGGUCUCCAAAACAAACAACCAACAAGUUGAUGAAAUACAUCAGUUCCAGACAGCUCGAUGGAUUGCUGCCCCCGAAGCAAUGUGGAGAAUAUACGGAUUUAUUGUAAAUGAGAUGUCCCCAGCAGUAUAUAGCUUGCAUUUACAUCUCAAGAAUCAGCAUACGGUUACAUUCCGAGGAAAUUCUGACCUGUCAAACAUUGCUAAUUCGGAACAUUACAAAAAAUCUAUGUUAACAGAAUUCUUUGAAUUAAAUAAAGUAGAUGAAAAUGCAAGGAUGUUACUGUACAGACAAAUUCCUGAAUACUAUGUUUGGAACAAUCAAAACAGAAGGUGGACUCCCCGAAAAAAAAAAGACAGUAAUAGGACGUAUUGUAACAGCAAACCCAUUAGAAGGCGAAAGAUAUUUUUUGCGGAUACUGCUAAAUCACAUAAAAGGCCCGUUAUCUUUCGAAGAUAUCAGGACAGUACAUGGCAUAUUGGCGCCAACAUAUCGUGAUGCAGCAAUAAUGCAUGGAUUGCUACAGAGAGAUAGUUGCUUAGAAGACUGUUUACACGAAGCAUCCCUUUAUCAAAUGCCUUCCAGUUUGAGGCGAUUGUUUGCAACAAUAUUAGUCUACUGUAAUCCGAACAAUCCCAGAGAACUUUGGGAACAUUUUGAGGAACAAAUGUCACUCGAUAUCAAAAAAACAGAAAAUGAUACACAAAACGUAAGAUAUCAAGUAUUGCGGUCGAUAUCUUCGACAAUUGAGUCUAUGGGAAAAGACAUUAAUUCAUACCAACUGCUUGACGAAGACAUCAUCUUUGAUAAUGACGAAUUUCAAUCCAGAGAAAUUAACGAUGAAUUGAAUGUAGAAAUUCCAGAGGAAGAUGUUACAGCGUCAGAAAGACUUAAUUCUGAGCAACAACAAGUGUACAAUGCAGUAAUGGAUAGUAUUUCAUCAAAAAAAAAAAAGCAAUGCAUUCUUCGUGGACGGGCCCGGUGGGACAGGUAAAACAUACCUAUACAAGGCGUUACUUGCAGCCGUACGAUCUAAUGGUGCCGUGGCACUCGCAACUGCUUCAUCAGGUGUGGCAGCAUCUAUUCUUUCGGGAGGUCGUACAGCUCACUCACGUUUCAAGCUUCCUCUCGAUGCCGAUGGAAAAAGCACAUGCUGUGUAAGCAAACAGAGUGCACUGGCCAAACUACUUUGUGCAGCAAAAUUAAUUAUAUGGGAUGAGGCCCCAAUGACCCGAAAACAGCACAUAGAAGCGUUAGAUAAAAUGCUACAAGACAUUAACGAUACAACCUUACCAUUUGGUGGAAAGGUAAUUGUUUUUGGAGGAGAUUUUCGCCAGGUGUUACCUGUGGUACAAAAAGGAACGAGACAGGAGCAGAUAAAUUCCAGCUUGGUAUAUUCAUACCUGUGGCCUACUUUGACUAAAUUUCGACUAAUUCAAAACAUGCGAGCCAGGCUGGAUCCGUUGUUUUCGGACUACUAGUUGUCGGUGGGCAACGGCACGCCACCAAACACAAUCAAUGACAUAAUAAAAAUACCACAUGAAAUGCUUGUACCGUAUGAUGACGACAACAGUUCCUUAAAUAUCUUGAUAGAAGACGUUUUCCACAACAUUCAGCAAUAUCCAGAAAAUGUGUCUACCAUGAUGAACCGUGCAAUACUAACACCAAAGAACAGCUUUGUCGAUGAAAUAAAUUCGUUGUUAAUUGGACGAUUCCCAGGAGAAGUCCACCUAUACUAUAGUAGGGAUGAGACGGUAGAUAAUACUGAGCAAUCGGUAAUGGAGGACUUCUUAAACACUCUAACUCCGAAUGGAUUACCCCCACAUGAAUUAAAACUCAAAAAAAAUUGUCCCAUAAUGCUGCUUAGAAACAUUAAUCCUUCUGAAGGUUUAUGCAAUGGAACACGUUUAAUAUGUCGGGCAUUCGACCAAAAUGUCAUAGAUGCUGAAAUUGCCGUGGGACACCAUAUCGGAAAAAGAGUGUUCAUUCCAAGGAUACCAUUCCUGCCAAAUGUGGAUGAAAAUAGUGGUUUUCCAUUCCAACGAACACAAUUCCCAAUCAGAUUGAGUUUUGCAAUGACUAUAAAUAAGUCCCAGGGACAAACAUUGGAUUACGUUGGGAUCUCUUUACCACAACCUGUUUUUUCACACGGUCAGUUAUAUGUAGCAAUAUCACGAGCAAAGACGUCAUCAACAGUUAGAGUCCUGAUCCAACCUGUGUCAACUUCGCAACAAGAUAAGAACUCGACUAAAAACAUCGUGUACACAGAGUUAUUAGCAUUAUCUUGUUUAAGUUAAUCUCUUCAAACAACUUGCAAAGUGACCGAAUGCCGACUCUACACCAAUCAGUUGAUGACAUCACUCCAACCACAGUUGGAUGGAAAAUAAAAAUGACAGUUUUACAAAAAUUUCCACCACGAACAAGCAUGAGUUCACCAGUCCGAUAUCAGAAGCUGUAUUUAUCUGAUCCAAAGGGGACGAGAGUAGAUGCAGUAAUUUUCGCAGAAGAUAUUGAAGCUUUGGAGGACACUUUGCAUGAGUUACACACCUACCACAUCAGUGAUGCCCGUGUCAACAGAAUCCCCGCGUAUACCUUAAAAAUGGCACAAAUUACAAUUUUAGCUGGACGCUGAACUCAAAAACACAAGUUGUUGAAGUCCAAGAAGAAGACAAACAAAUUUCUAAGCCAGUCCAUGAGUUCGUUUCGUUUAAGAACUUGUCAUCUGACAAAUACUCCAACACACCACAAGAUAUCAUAGGAGUAGCUGUCAAAAUAAACCCAACAAAAGUGGUGAACACAGUGUAUGGACAGCGAACCAUACAAGAAAUUUAUCUAAUCGAUGACAGUUGUAGCUUCCACCCGAUAUGUUUAACUCUGUGGGGUGCUUUGGUACAAGAUAUUAGUGAAAAAUUGUCUGAAGUUACUGGAAACAACCCAAUAAUAAUGGGAACAAAGAUGAUUGUUCAAACUAAGAGAGGACUGUCGUUGUCAAGCCGUGAAUCAAGUACAAUCGAAAUCAAUCCUGAUAAUUACGAAGCAACUACUCUUCAUCAAUGAGCUGAAAAUAACAAAGCAGACAUAAAUAAUAUUACUAUUCAAGCACCUACAUCUCAGUAUUCUCCAAAUUCAUCUGCUGCAAAACGAGAAUAUGUUAAGAACAACGAAGUUACCGAUUUGGUAAAGCAAUUAAACCAACUCAGAAAGCAUAUUAUUGGAUUGAAGCUGAAAUCAUAUUAAAAAAUAUCAACCAAGAUUUUUAUUACAUGUCGUGUGAUUUUUGUAAUAAGAAACUUAUGUUCUACAACGACAACGAAGAAACAGAUUGUGAAAAUCCAAAAUGCGGAAAAAGAUGUCUUCCUACACCACGUGAAAGGACAUAUGUACAACUCGACGAUGGUACAGAGUUGCUAGAUGCUGUGAUGUUCGGUGAUGUUGCAGAAAACAUAUUCUCAUGUACUGCAGUUCAAUUAAGAUCAUAUUCGGACGAGAAACAUAAGUUGUUUGUCCAAAAAACUACAAGGCAAUUAUCAGCCAAAAAAUGGAGAAUUCAGUUGUACGUAGAUGCAAACCGAACAAUGAGUUCAAAGUACAAUCAGUUCACCAUUCAAGCAGUUGAACCAAUGGAAGAUUAGCCAGAAGUUGCCAUUUUUCUUUUACAGUAAUUUUAUUUUAUUUAGUGUUAAGACUUUUCUUGGUGCCGAGCUUCUUUCACUUUCUAUUGACUUGUUAUCUACGGAUUUACAUGGAGUAUUGUAUGCAAGUAUUUCAUAUACCCAAUUUUCUAGAAGUAAAUAAUAAGUAUCAUUUUAUUUUGAUUUA